GCGAUCAGGCGGCGCGGCGGACAGCCCGGGCGGCGGGGCGGGGGGAGUUAUAUUGCGGGGUCCUUCCUCGCUCACCCUGGUUCCUCUCGGAGCGGAGACGGCAAAUGGCGGACUUCGAUACCUACGACGAUCGGGCCUACAGCAGCUUCGGCGGCGGCAGGGGGUCCCGUGGCAGUGCUGGCGGCCAUGGUUCCCGCAGCCAGAAGGAGCUGCCCACAGAGCCGCCCUACACAGCAUAUGUGGGCAAUCUACCUUUUAAUACAGUUCAGGGCGACAUCGACGCUAUCUUCAAGGAUCUCAGCAUAAGGAGUGUACGGCUAGUCAGAGACAAAGACACAGACAAAUUCAAAGGAUUCUGCUAUGUAGAGUUUGAUGAAGUGGAUUCCCUGAAGGAAGCCUUGACAUACGAUGGUGCACUCUUGGGUGACCGGUCACUUCGUGUGGACAUUGCAGAAGGCAGAAAACAAGAUAAAGGCGGCUUUGGCUUCAGGAAAGGUGGACCAGAUGACAGAGGUUUCAGGGAUGACUUCUUAGGAGGCCGGGGAGGGAGUCGCCCAGGUGACCGGCGAACAGGCCCCCCAAUGGGAAGUCGUUUCAGAGAUGGCCCUCCCCUUCGAGGGUCCAAUAUGGAUUUCAGAGAACCCACAGAAGAGGAACGAGCACAGAGACCACGGCUCCAGCUUAAACCUCGAACAGUCGCAACGCCCCUCAAUCAAGUAGCCAACCCCAACUCUGCCAUCUUUGGGGGAGCCAGGCCCAGAGAGGAAGUCGUUCACAAGGAGCAAGAAUGAGCUUGUGGUGGGGAGGGAAUGGGGUGUGGGGGGCGUUCGCGCGAGACCACAGCCUGGCUCGCCCCCCGGACCGGCAGUCCUGCAGUUACCAUUCCUGCGCCUGACCUUUGUCCUCCUUUCUUACAACGGAAACACAGAGCUUGUGAGUGCAUGUCAGCAGUUAACAAGUGGUUUUUAGUACAUUCUUGGCUUUGCUGUAUCUGCCUAGUGCCUGUUUUGUGCUUUUUUUCUUCCCUGCCACUCCUUUCCCCUUUCCCUUCUGUCCUUCUCCCUCCCCGCUCCUUGUCUCCUUCCAGCACACAAGUUUCUCUAGAGGGGCAGAGGCGGCCGCCGUGCGGGAGCUCUCUGGGUUGGAGUGCUGCGUUUCUCUCCAUUGCUUUCGCCUUUUACUUCUGCCGCACUGGCCUUUUCCUUUGCCUUUUCUCAGUGCUUCUCUUCUGACCUGCAUGUCGAGUUCUGUAUUGCUGUGGCUUCCGAGGAAGAAAGCAAGUCCCACGUUGGAUAGCCCCUUGUUUUUAGUCAGCUGGGAUCAACAGACAGCCUUUGGGACACCUUGCUUUCAAAACAAGGAUAAAGUAUCUGUUGAUCUCUGCAGAUUCCUUCCUAUAACUAUUUAUAGGUAGUCCUGACUCCACUACCCGCUUCCCAGAUGGGCUGUUCACGCGGAAGAGGCUCACGUUUCAAACAGCAGAACCUGAGAGAAUGGUGUGAACUGUCGGUGGGGCGUGCACGCAGGAGGCAGACUCAGUGCCCUGCUGCGCUCGCGUGUUUUUAUCACUCUUCCAGCACUGUGUCCAGGCUGGUCUCCCUCGGGCACCAGCCGUGCUAGAGGCCCCUCUGUGGCUGGAUGUGGUGAACUGCCGUCCAGCUUCCUCUCCGCUGGGCACAGAGGUGCUUUGGGGGCCGCAGGGGGCGGCGCUGUGCUGGGCUCACCCCUGUGUGGACGCGGCUCCCUUUCAGACCCCCACUGUGUGUCCUGCCUCACUCUGUGCUUCUCUGUCCCCCAGCAUUAAGUCACAGUGAGAGCCUGUGCUUCCCACCGUCCCUUAAUUUUGGAAUGAAAAUGGGCCUAGGAUCUGGCACUUUACUCUCUCACUUGGUGAACUGAGAAUUUGACUAUGCAGAGCUGUCAGGUAACAGGGAGGUGGCCCAAGGUCACCAGGUCUCAGCUUCAGGACGUUCACUCCCACAUAGAGUGUUCAGCUCGCACCCAGGGCCGGGCAGCUAGGCAGCAGCUUUUGAGCUCAGACACCUAUGUGUGAACACAUUUUUCAGCACCCGAGUCCCAGUUCAUCCCACUGGGAGCAGUCCGGGCUCGGCUAGAGCCCCGGAAAAGAGAGACCCUCACCAGCAAGACUGGAGGGCCGGGGCAGCCGGGCCUGGGCGGCCCACUUAAGAAACAGCUCCUCGUUAGCUGCCGCCCUCGGCUUCUCCCUGUCCCCAGGUCUCAGCAAUUCACAGAACUCUGCCUCCUAUCCUUCCUUCCACCUGUCAUCUUUGCUUCUGAGAUAAGAACCAUUUGUGUAACACCAAUACUUACCUAAAGAAAGACAUGCAUUAUGUGGUUGUAAUCAAACCUGAUGCUUUCAGAUGACCUACUUACAUCUUCAAUGUGGAAAAGAUUAAGAACAAAACAAAUUCAUCUAAACUUCUGGGCAAUCCAGUUGACUUUUAAAUGUAAGAAUGGAAUUCCAAACACUUAACACAUUCAGCUAUAUGACGACAGAAAGUAAAUCUAUGGAUAUGGUAUUUUGUGAAUGAUCUUUUAAAUAAAAGAAAACCUUACGUAAUAUUUAA